GAGUAGUUGUUUAUAAUCAGUUAACAUGGUUGUAGUCCUAGUAGUUUUGUGUGAUUUUCUGUUCUAUUAUAACUUGCAGGUGGUUGGACUUACUGAGACCCAUGCUAAGGCUUCAAAGGAAGUCCAAGAAAAACAUUCUGCAGAAAUAGAAACACUAAAACAACAACACCACAAACUAUUAGAAGAACUUGAAAAGGACUAUACAGUUCGUCUGAAAGAUGUGGAACAGAGUCACAAAGUCAUGAUCAUGUCCUUAAAAGAACAGAAUGACAAGUUUCACCAGCAACUUGAAGAAUUGGAGCAAGAGAAGCAGUCUAUUGAAGAAACAUUGAAACAAGACACAGAUUCAAAAAUCCAG